AUGACCAAGGUGACAGUGCCCGAAAAAAGCUGGGAUCAUGUGGAAAAGGGUGAAGCUCUCAAGAGGCACUUUGUGGCAGUUGCCUCUGCCAUACCAUCUGCCGCCAGAGAAGAGUUUGGCUCCACCAUGAUCUAUUCAGGACUCCAUGCUCAGAGGCAGCAGAUAUCUAACAGCAGCUCCAUCACCCAGUUCCUCCUCCUGGCGUUCACAGACACUCGGGAGCUGCAGCUCCUGCACUUCUGGCUCUUCCUGGGCAUCUACCUGGCUGCCCUCCUGGGCAACGGCCUCAUCAUCACCGCCAUCGCCUGCGACCACCACCUCCACACCCCCAUGUACUUCUUCCUCCUCAACCUCUCCCUCCUCGAUCUGGGAUCCAUCUCCACCACUGUACCUAAAGCCAUGGCUAACUUGAUCUGGGACACCAAGGCCAUUUCAUAUGCAGGAUGUACUGCCCAAGAGUUUCUGUUUGCCUUCUUGAUGUCAGCAGACUUUUCUCUUCUCACCAUCAUGGCCUACGACCGCUACGUUGCCAUCUGCCAACCCCUGCACUACGGGACCCUCCUGGGCAGCAGAGCUUGUGUCCACAUGGCAGCAGCUGCCUGGCGCAGUGGGUUUCUCAAUGCCGUGCUACACACAGCCAAUACAUUCUCACUACCACUGUGCCAAGGCAAUACCAUUAACCAGUUCUUCUGUGAAGUUCCCCAGAUCCUCAAGCUCUCCUGCGCAAACUCCUUCCUCAGGGAAAUUUGGGUUCUUUUGGUUGGUGCCUGUUUAACAUCCGGGUGCUUUAUUUUCAUUGCGGUGUCCUAUGUGCAGAUCUUCAGGGCCGUGCUGAGGAUCCCCUCUGAGGAAUGGCACAAAGCCUUCUCCACGUGCCUUCCACACCUGGCUGUGGUCUCCCUGUUUGUCAUCACUGCCAUGUUUGCCUACCUGAAGCCCCCCUCCAUCUCUUCCCCUUCCCAAGAUCUGCAGGUGGCUGUUCUGUACUCAGUGGUGCCUCCAGCAGUGAACCCCCUCAUCUACAGCAUGAGGAACAAGGAGAUCAAGGAUGCCAUUAGGAAAGUGAUUUCAUGGCUAUUUAUCAAUACUGUUAAGUUUCCCUCCUCUCUGCAAAAGUGA